GCCGGUAGAGGUAAGACCGGCUUUGCSGACACACGCGUCGGUGAUGAAGUUACCGGUGGCUCUAAUGUCGAGGAGGGCCCGGAACUUAGUUGUAGAUGCACCAAGGGUGGCAACGAUGAAUUUGAGGUGGAAACGAGAUGAGUUGGCGGUGGAGAUGAUGGUGUUGAGGCGGCGUUGUUCGUUGCAUAAGCAGACAAGCCGAUCGUGCCGGGCUUGUUCCUCAACAACAUCGGAGAAGGUGAUAGUGGAUGCAUUUGGAGGAAGGGUAGAGGAGCAUGAGGCAGUGGGAGGUGUUUGCGACGCCUGGGAAUCGUUCGGUGGAGGGGGCGUCGCCGGAGAGGGGGAAGGCAAACGAAUUGUCGAUGUCGGAUGGGCCAUCGGUGCGACGAAGGAUGUCACAGAUGGGUCGCUUGGAGGCGGACUGACGGGUGAAUCGUGCGGYGUUGGGGCAGUUGGUUUGUUGGUGCCCCAAUUGGCGACAACGGAAGCAACCCCCUUUUGCUUGGAGAUGAGGGUGGUCGGGAGCUGCGAUCUCUCUGCGCUCCAUUCUCAUGAACUGGACGACAUCGAGUUCCUCGAAAGUGAUGUGGUGGAAAAAGCGGGUGCGGGAGGUGCCGGGGGGGGCCUGGUGGUGGGGGUGGAGGAGUCGAUCGUGGUGGAGCAUGCGAGAGAGGAGGUCAGCAAGGGGCAUGUCGGGUUCGUGGGCCAGGGCGGUUGCAAGGUCUUUGUGGCAUACUCGUUUGAUGCGGGAGAUGAAUGCACAGUCGGGAAUGACGGUGUGGGGGAGGUGGUGUCGGAGGGAGCGGACGUAUUGGACGAAGCGGUUCGUGGGACCGGUCUGGCGGAGGUGGCAGAAUUGUUCAAGGUAGUCGUCAAUGGUUUUCUGGGGGCGGAAGGUGGCAGURAGGAGGGUGGCCCAUUGGAGGAAGGUGGGUCGUGGUCCUCCGGAGGCUCGGCGGUUGCUAGCUUCAGCCAUCCACCAUUUGGCUGCAUUGCCRAGGAGGCGGGAGGUGGCAAUGGGGAGCCAGUGGGCAAGGGGCAUGUGGUGGAGCUGAAAAGAGUUUUGAAGCUGGGUUAGGAAGAGGAAAACGUCCUCGUGGGGGAGGCCGGAGAAGGACAUGAUUUCACCAGAUC